GGAGGAGGUGGUGGAGAUGGUGGUGAUGGACCUGGGGAUUGUUGUGAGGCUUCGUAGGUGAGGUGGGGGUUCGGAGGGGGUGAGGCGAAGGUGGGGGGUGGGGGCAGAGGGAGGGAUCUUCUUGUCUGGCGAGAGUAGUAGAGAGAGACGGAGGAGUGAGCAUUUCGCAGGGGGGGCUUUCUCCUUCUCCUUCUCGGUCCGACUGCCAGCCACAAGACGAGAGCGCGAGAGAGAGAGUUGUUCUCCGGUUCCGAGGCUCGACUUCUGUGCUGCUUGCUUGCUCAUUCAUUUUUUAGAACGGCUCUGCCGCUCGGCUCUCUCUGACUCCCUCUCUCGUGGAUGAAGAAGGAAGGAAGGCGAGCGACCGUCGUCUGUCUGUCUGGCUGUCUCGGGUGGUGAGGAGUGGAGAGGAGACCUGUUUUUAUUGUCUCGAUCUCGUGAUAGAGCGAGCGGAAGACCGACGACCUUGAGGUCUUGAUGCGUAGAUGCCCCGCCUUGCAUGCCCGAUCGGGUGAUGUAGAUUACUGCCUCGUCGAGGAGUAAGUCACACUCGCAUACGCACGAACACAGCGCACUCUCUCGCACCCACCCACACACAGACACAGACUCAGACGCACAGAUACAGACACAUACACUUAGACAACACACAUACACACACACACACACACUGACACAGACACACAUACACACUCACUUCUGCUUACACCAGAACGCAUCGAUGCUCAUAUGCACUCGCCUAUGGCCGCCCCCCUUCCUCUGCUCCUCAUGUCAACAUUACUAUGGCUUCCGCGCCUCCUGCAGCCCCGCCCUCUGCCGCCCAUUCUCGUAAAUCCACACCUUCUCUCAGCCUCUUCUCCAAUUGGAGUUCUCAUGCGGGGUUAGGGUUCCGUGCCAGGGCGGAACGGGGUUUUUCGGUUUUGCGCAAUCAGGCGUGUAGAGUGGUAGGUAGAGGAGAAUGAUCAGUGGGGGGGGAGGAGCUGGAGUUGCGGCUCCGGGGGGCCCAGGACAGCCCCUUGAAUGGAAAUUUUCGCAAGUUUUCGGCGAGCGUGCAGCAGGCGAAGAAGUGCAAGAGGUUGAUAUAAUCUCUGCAAUUGAAUUUGACAAGAGCGGUGAGCAUUUGGCCACUGGAGAUCGUGGAGGGCGUGUGGUCUUGUUUGAAAGAACUGAUGGGAAAGAUCUACGGUCCCGGAGAGAGCUCGAGAGGGCAGAUUAUCCAAUCCCUAGGCAUCCAGAAUAUCGUUAUUCAACUGAGUUCCAAAGUCACGAGCCAGAGUUUGACUAUUUGAAGAGUUUGGAGAUAGAAGAAAAAAUCAAUAAAAUCAGGUGGUGUCAGACAGCCAAUGGUGCCCGGUUUCUGCUUUCCACUAACGACAAAACAAUUAAGCUAUGGAAGGUUUCUGAGAAGAAGCUAAAGAACGUAUCGAACCUGAAUGUAGAUCCUUCUGUGCGGCAUGGAAAUGGAAACCUGGUUGGGAGUAGUCCAGUGCAGAGCCCUAAGGGUUAUGCGCCACCUCGAUCCAUUAACGGAGGGGCUGUUCGACGGACGUUGCCACCCAUCAGCAGUGAUUUUGUUUUUCCUCCAGGCGGCAUUCCAUCUCUUCAUCUGCCCACGGUUUGGAGCCAUGAAACUGCUCUUGUUGCAAGAUGUAGGAGAGUUUAUGCCAAUGCGCACGCAUAUCACAUAAACUCCAUUUCGAACAACAGUGAUUGUGAAACCUACAUAUCAGCAGAUGAUUUGAGGAUAAACCUAUGGAACCUUGAAGUCAGUGAUCAAAGUUUUAAUAUUGUUGACAUUAAACCUGUCAAUAUGGAAGACUUGACAGAGGUCAUCACGUCUGCUGAGUUUCACCCUUCACAUUGCAACAUGUUAGCGUACAGUAGUUCCAAGGGCACGAUCCGCCUUAUUGACAUGCGACAGUCAGCUUUAUGUGACCGCCAUGCCAAACUAUUUGAAGAGCAGGAGGCACCAGGCUCAAGAUCAUUUUUUACAGAAAUCAUAGCGUCCAUUUCUGAUAUUAAAUUUGCAAGAGGUGGACGGUACAUUCUCAGUCGAGAUUAUAUGACUCUCAAGUUGUGGGAUGUGAAUAUGGAGGCCGCGCCAGUUGCAACUUUUAAGGUCCACGAAUAUUUACGUCCGAAGUUAUGUGAUCUUUAUGAGAAUGAUUCCAUCUUUGAUAAGUUUGAGUGUUGCCUAAGCGGAGAUGGACAACGUGUGGCCACCGGAUCGUACAGCAAUUUAUUUCGUGUGUUUGGGGCAGUGCCUGGCAGCGAGGAGGCGUCCACCCUCGAAGCUAGCAAAAGUCCAAAUAGGCGGCUGGUGCAGACUCCCACAAAGUCUGGAAAUCGCCUCUUUAAUGUUCGAGGUAGACGUGACACUAGAGGGCGAGGUGGUGACAGCCCUGGAAGUGAAAUCAAUGGAGGGCAGUAUGACUUUACGUCGAAGCUUUUGCACCUAGCAUGGCACCCGGUUGCAAAUGUUAUAGCCUGCGCUGCUUCUAACAGCCUGUACAUGUACUACGCAUAGGAAUCAUCGUUGUUUUCAGUAAAAAUAUUUCACUGAGUGAUUUUUUACCUCCAUGAUCUGUGAGGGAUAUCUUGGGAAGAGAGGGAGAGAGAGUGAUGAGGGAGAGUGAGGAAGAGGGGAUGGGGAGAGGGAAGUCUGAUGGUUGCAAUUAUCAUGCACAUUUUUUCGAGAUAUCAUCAUUGUGAAGUAGUCCUUCAUUGAAGUUUGGUGGACUGCAAGAGAACACGCUUGGUCACAAGCCACGACCACUUUAGGAAGGUAUUUCCAAAACUAGGUGACGAGGCUUUAGUCCUAUCUGUAAUGUCAAUGGGUUGCUUUUUAUAGCUGGUCAAUCUCAUAGCAAGAAGUGUUGCAGCUCCUGUUCAUCAAUCGCAAAUCAUUGGGUUGUCGCAUGUAACUUACUGCACUUG